CGCGACCAACACAACCAACGCAACCGAGCGCUUCACGGCCUGCACGCACAACAUGGCGGACGACCUCGAGUACGAGCUCAAGGCCGCGGGCAAGGAGCUGGACAAGGACGAGGAGAUUGAGCGCAUCCGCAAUGUCUUCAGCCUCAACGCGUACGCCGUGCUCGACCUGCAGCCGGGCGUGCCCGACUCGGACAUCAAGAAGGUCUACCGCGCCAAGUCGCUGCUGAUCCACCCCGACAAGACGUCCAACCCGAACGCGCCCGACGCCUUCGACCGGCUCAAGAAGGCGCAGACGGUGCUGCUCGACGAGAAGCUGCGCGCGGGACUGGACGAGGACAUUGCCGACGCGCGCAUGCUGCUGAUGCGCGACAAGAAGCUGACGGCCGACGACGACGAGACGCGCAGCCCCGAGUUCCUCAAGGAAUGGCGCGAGAAGACGGCCUGGGUCAUCCGCGACAACGAGCUGCGCCGCCAGCGCCAGAUGAAGGCCCAGCUGCGCGAGGAGGGCCGCCAGCAGAAGAAGGACGAGGAGGAGGCUGCCGACCGCAAGCGCAAGCGCGACCACGACCAGGCCUGGGAGAAGUCGCGCGACACGCGCAUCAACAGCUGGCGCGACUACCAGCAGGGCAAGAAGCCCGAGGUCGACGGCGCCAAGAAGAAGAAGAAGAAGCUCAAGGCGCUGGGGUGAGCCCUCAAUAUCUCGUGCCUGCAGUGGUAUCGCACCCUCCACACGACUGCCUACCACUGUCCAUCCCAGCCUGUCGCAACCACGCCCGCGACCAACAUCUUUGCGCGUCCCCGCAUCACCGGUGGUUGAUAGUGCGUCACGCUCCUCCCAGCAUUAGAGUUUAGCAACGGUGCCAGCCCGGCUGCACAUUCCCUCGCAACGCCCAGCCACGCCGGCACGCCCGGCACCAGCCUCGCUCGAUGGUCAAGUAGCAGCCUCACGGCGUCACAGAUAGCGCGGACAUCCGCCCAAGACGCAAACACAUGGUACACAAACCGCGCUCACUGCUCAUCUGCGU